CACGCACGCACGCACGCACGCACGCUACGGACAGUACAAGCAUUUCUUUAUUAAACACGCUGAUCUGGUCACUGGGUCACCGUCCCCUCCUUUGACCAUUUGUUUGGCGGAUCAUCCCUCGCUUUGGUAAACGUGCCAGUCAGAGCAGAAGUGAGCCCUGAAACCGGACUGUUUGCCGGUGAACACCGGCGUAGGUCUCAUCCGCUGUGUAGCACAAUGAGGUGACGGUCAAACGUUUAUCAUCGUUUGACACAAGCGAUAACUCGGUGUCCGGUGGAGGAACUGUACCGGCCUACAUGUUGUAUUUCGGUUGAAAUAAGAGCAGCUUCUUUGAUUAAACGUGUGGCGAAAUAACCGGUAAAGCCUGUACAUCCACAUGUUUAUCUAAAAUAAGAUGGCGGUUCACAUGUACAGUUACCCAAAACAAACCGCCCCAAGUCCCGGUUUCUUAAAUGGGGUUCGCCAUUGCUGUCUGACCACACGUGAACAACUUAUCCCGGGCUGUUGAACUGAUCACUGCCACUGCUGUGGCUCCAAAGAGCUACUUCUCGUCCUAGUUCACAUUGUGAAGGGCGUCUGUUUCUGACGGUCCUGGGACUGGUUACCUGAAUGUUCCAGUAAGACCUUUAGAAGAACUGGAAUUCACCAAGAAAGAAACCACAACAUCCCGGCAUCAGAGCCGGUUCAAACCACUCCAGGCUGGGUCAGACUGGUUCAGCAGCCAUGUUGAGUCCACUGAGGGUCCUCCUCACUGCUAUGAAAUUGCCGCAGACCCGCCACUGCUCAGGCUUCGUCUCCAGGAUGAGGUAUGUGAACAGGCUGAAGGAGGAUGAUGCAUCGUGUGUUGCAGCACUGCAGAACGGUCUCAUUUUCCUCUUCCACCGUCUGUCUCCUCUGCUGCAACGCACUGAGAAAGGAACCUUCAGACCAGCAGCACUUAUCAGCUCAGAUGUGCAGUCGAUCCUGGAGAGACUCGGUUCAGAUGGAUCCCUGCUGAAGGAGUCGGUUCUGAUCGGCUGUACUGAGCAGAACCAGGCUCAGUUCUGUUUGGACGUUGGAGAACUGGAUCAGGCAGCAGUAGAAGAAGAAUGUGAAGGAAACUUUGUCGACCUGAGGAAAUCUUUCUUUCUGCUGACCGGAGCAGAGGCGCCUCUAGUGGCCAAGGGUCAGGCUCUGCUGCGGUGGCAUCAAACCAGCAGGUUCUGCAGCGCUACGGGUCAACCCACCCAGCGCAACCAGGCAGGGAGUCAGAGAGUCUGCAGCAGCGGCGGCACUGUCUACUAUCCAAAGAUGUCUCCGGUGGUGAUCGUCCUGGUGUCUGAUGGGAAACGAUGUCUGUUGGGCCGACAGUCAUCCUUCCCUCGGGGGAUGUACAGCGCUCUGGCUGGUUUCUGCGACAUGGGUGAGUCGCUGGAGGAGACUCUUUGCAGGGAGGUGGCGGAGGAGGUGGGUUUGGAGGUUCAGAGCAUCUCCUACAGCUCCUCACAGAACUGGCCCUUUCCUCACAGUUCUCUCAUGCUGGGCUGCCACGCCUCUGUUAGCCCCGCCCACACCCAGUUGAAGGUGGACCGCGCGGAGCUGGAGGACGCUCGCUGGUUCAGUCUGGAGGAAAUCACAUCCGCCCUGCAAGUGAAGACUCCGCCCAGGAGAGGCGACCCCCCCGUCCUCUGGCUCCCCCCGAAACACGCCAUCGCCAACCGCCUCAUCACGGAGUGGACGGAGCGGCAGCGGGGCAGGAGAGCAACGUCCAAACUCUGAGGAGGCGAUAACAUGUUCCUGACAAACAGAAAUCAUCCAGACUGAGAGCUCAGGGUUCCCCGAGUCCGACGAGUCCUGACCCCCGCAAAGAUUUCUUCAUAUGUACGGCCAGAUCCAAAAACCAGCCCCGAUUCUGUGGAGGAAAAGUUCUGAGCUCCACGGAUCCGAAAACACUCUGAAGCGUGUAAAACAGAGGUCUUCAAACUGGGGGACGGGGCAGGACAGCUGAAGGGGAGUAUUAAGGUUCUUUAGAGCACUUAGUGCCUGAUUGCCAGAAACUGGUCCUCCUCCUCAGAGUCCUACCUGAGUCAGACCUGGACAGAGACAUGAAACACAUGUUGAUAUGAUUCAGUGUGACCUCCACUUCCUGAGGACGUCAUGAUCUCUGAGGUCCCUCCAGAAUAAAGCUCCAGAAAUCCACUGAGAAACCAGAGGAAAAAGAGGCUGCAGAACUUCAUUCAGAAUCUUCAUUAAAAAAAAAAAAAAAAUUCCCAGUAUCACAGUGAACCAGAGACUAAUACAGGUUAAAAAGGGGAAGGCUCAAGUCGUAGCUCACAGCUAACUCACUGACCCCAUGGCAACAUACCUCCAUUUAAAUUCCCCCAAGGCAUUAUGGGAACGGUAGUUCCAAAAACGUAGCAUAAUAACAGGAAUUACAAACACCAUUAAUAGGAAUGUUUUUCACGUUGCGUUGUGAAUAUGUAUUGAAGCUCAGAAUGUCACAUAGAAGUUUUCCUCUCACACAAUGGCUCUGUUUUUAAACCCCAUAAAAACAUGGGGAUCCCUCACCUUACCACAGGUAAAAACCCUGUGGUAAGAACAGAUCUCUGAUCAGUUCAUCAGUCAUCAUCUGUAUAUUUCUACAGGCUAGUUUCAGUUUGGUUUUAGUGUUUGCUGCCUGCUGUUUAGUCCUUUGUUUUUUAUAGAUACCUUCUUAAUGGAACAGACUGUAAUAUUACGUUUGUACUGUUUUAUGACUGAGAGCUGUGCAGACUCUGACUCUAGUAAUUAACAUUUUAAUAGCAUUUCUACAGUCACACACCAGACCUACCUCUGAGUUAUUUUACACUGUUGAUGUUUCAGUAAAACUUGUAGAAAUAAACGAAAACGUUUUGUUUCCACUGAUUCCCUGAAGCCAUUUUUACUGAAAUGAGACACAGGUCCGAGUCAGCAGUUUCAAAUCAAAGUUACGUUUGAGACAUUUCAUCAGAUUUUAACUCUAAAAAUGAUGCUGACUUAUUAAAGGAAUCAACUUUAUCUGAUAGGGGAUAAAUACAGAAAAAUGUUUGAGUUACCUGGUUGAGAAUUAAGAUACUUUCAGUUGGUGCUAACAUCUCAUUUGUUGUUUUACUGUAUCUUUUGGCGAACCUUUAACGUGUGACUCUGGUUCCUUUAGAGUCUUUCUGUUGAUCAGUGAGCAAGGCCCCUGACGAAUGAAUCUAAAAUUACAAUAAAAUAAUAUUUUAAAAAAUACUUAACUUAUAUCAGCGUGAAUGUGUUACACACAUUUAUCACAGGACCCUGUUUAAAGUCAGUCAGAAAUUGUAAAAAAAAAAUGUAAGAAAUACAGUCGUCAUUAUAAUGUGAACUCAGUUUUAACAUUCAAACUUUUCUCAGAAAAAAAAAAAAGGAGGAGAAACAUUUAAAAAUGUAUUCACAAGUCAAAGUUUUUUUUACAAACAACAGGAAGAACAAAAAUCCCAAAGCUUCCCCUUCUGCAACUUCAUCUGUUCCACCUCCCAAAAACCAGUCUGGACCAUUUCCCCACAGACACGUAGACUGGAAUAAACCUGUGUCUCAGUAACCGACCCACUGGUUCACGAAACAGUCGACCCGUCUUCACUUCUUUGUUUUCUUUGUUUUCUUGCUGCAGUAUUUUUCCUCCAGACUGCCGAUCAGAGAGCUGAAGCCGGCCGCACGGGACGCCGUCCUCCUCUGACGAGACGAAGACGCGACAAGACCAGGGAAGAGAAAACACACACGUCCGUCAUUUUAUGGAGAUUUUCAACAACUUCAGUAACAAGCAUUUGUCGCAACAUAAAUGUUUAAUUUGUUCUAUUUAAUUAAACAUUUUAGGUAAAGUUUUAA